AUGAAAGGCAAAAGAACAGGAAAUAGUAUGUCUGGCGACCCGGCUGACGCCCGGCGCCAUCUUCCCGGGAGAGGUGGUGUGAAAUAUGCUACCGGCCAUGCGCCCGUUACUCGUCAGGCCCCGCAUGGAAAUUCAGCUACUGACGAAACAAAUACAUUUAAGUCAUUCCGAAUACCUCACCGCAUCGGAACGUGGAAUGUACGCGGCCUUAACCAACCAGGAAAACUCCGAAUCGUGGAAAGCGAAAUGGAGAGGAAAAACGUUCACCUGCUAGGAAUUAGCGAAACACAUUGGAACGGUCAGGGUCAUUUUACAUCUGACCUGGGAAAUGCCGUGUAUUUUUCGGGACCAGAAAAUGGUAGCAGCAGAGGGGUGGCUAUCAUCGUGCCUCGAUCUUUGAACAAGUGUGUCAUAGGAUAUGAGCCGGUCAGCGAUCGUAUAAUAACACUCAAAAUUAACACAAUACCAUGCAAACUUAACAUCGUGCAAGUAUAUGCCCCCACGUCACAAUCCACUGAAGAGGAGGUGGAAGACUUCUACGAUACGCUGACUGCGACACUGAAAAGACAACCAAAGCGAGAAAUCAGUAUCUUAAUAGGGGACUUCAAUGCCAAAGUUGGCGACACAACAGACAAUGAUCACCUUAGUCGCGUUAUGGGCAAACACGGCAUCGGGGAACGAAAUAUCAGGGGCGAGCGUCUGAUACAGUUCUGCUGUGAAGAGAAUCUUACCAUCACCAACACCUGCUUCAAACAUCAUGUCCGUAGACUAUACACGUGGAUAUCUCCUGGAGAUAGAUGUAGGAAUCAAAUUGACUACAUAUUGGUAGGAACGCGGUGGAGAAGCUCAGUGACAAAUGCAGUAACUAUCCCCGGUGCUGACUGCGGCUCCGAUCACCAGCUUCUUGUGGCAACAUUCAGGGUGCGACUAAAGAGGAUACAAAAACCUAAAGUAGUUCCAAAUAUACACCGUCUAAACAUCAAUGGCUUUAAAAAAGGUUUUGAACAGAAAAUAGAAGACCUACCAAAAAACAUCGCAGACAGCGACACUAAAUGGGAAUAUCUCAAAAGAAUUAUAGAAGAAACAGCUAGGGAUAACAGGCUGGUGAAACCACCUAUGAAAGAAUUUAUAACACCAGAGACAGCACUAGUCAUCCAGAAAAGACGUGAACUUAAGGAGAACGGUAUACGCUCAACUGAAGAUAUGCAACGCUACGCGGAACUCAACCGCCUAGUUCAACUUCGCUGUCGGAAAGAUUAUGAGAAAUACAUCAAUGAAAUCUGUCUCGAAAUUGAACAACACGCGAUGAAUAACGAAACCAGAUAUCUUUUUCAAAAAAUAAAAGAAUUAACUGGAACUCGUAAGCCAAAAGCCUGCGCCAUUGAAGACAAAGACGGGCGUCUACUUACUAAUAUGGACCAAGUGUUAGAGCGCUGGAGAAACUACUGCGCAGGGUUAUACACGGGAGAGUCCAGUAACGCUAAUAUUUCAUGGUCGGAAGAAGAACCAGAUAUCCUUCCAUCUGAAAUUGAGCAUGCCAUCAAAGCUCUUAAGUGUAAGAAGUCAUACUUCAAAAUUUAG